UUCGCGGCCGCCAGUUCGUGAGAGGAGAUCGUUCCUUCGCCUCCGCAUCACCAGCGGCGCACGCCUGCGCACGUCUGCGCACGGAUCUCCUUCAGCAAUGGCGCCUGUCAAGAAGGCGAAGAAGAGCACUGAGAGCAUCAACAACAGGCUCGCGCUCGUGAUGAAGAGCGGGAAGUACACACUCGGCUACAAGACUGUCCUCAGGUCCCUUCGGAGCUCUAAAGCAAAGUUGGUUAUGAUUGCAAAUAACUGCCCUCCACUUCGCAAGUCUGAAAUUGAGUAUUAUGCAAUGUUGGCGAAGGUUGGAGUACAUCAUUUUAGUGGAAGUAAUGUUGAUCUUGGAACUGCAUGUGGCAAAUAUUUCCGUGUUUGCUGUCUCAGCAUUAUCGAUCCUGGUGACUCGGACAUCAUCAAGAGCAUGCCCGGGGAACAGUGAUAGAAGUGAGUGGAUAUUGGUAUACAUAUGUCCGUCAGGGUUCAAUAUGGUUAAUCAUGCACUUAUCUUGGCAGGCAAUUCCGACUGUUUUGAUUGUUCUAACGCUGGUUUCAAAUUGUUGCUAGAUUCGACCAUUAGUUGAGAUUUCUUGUCAUCUUUCUCAAACAGUAUUAGUUAGUUGCCAACUUGAAUGUGGUAUCAAAACUGAGGUCCUGGUGAGAUCUUUCUAGUUCUGAUGGCUUUUUCGACUGUUUCAAGUCAUCUGAUUCAAUAUACUUAAGCUACUGUUGUGGUUUAUUACUCCA